AUGGUGCGCCCGUAUCGGGGGGAUCACAGUCGGAUGUGUGGAGCACGAGUGGAGGAUGUGUGGAGCACGAGUGGAGGAUGUGUGGAGCACGAGUGGAGGAUGUGUGGAGCACGAGUGGAGGAUGUGUGGAGCACGAGUGGAGGAUGUGUGGAGCACGAGUGGAGGAUGUGUGGGGCACGAGUGGGCCUAUUGUGCAGCAGAGGGCUGGGCUACGAGAAUGUUGCGGCUCUCCUUGCCCUGAAAGAACUCCCUGAGCAGCUCCCUAAGGUUUUCAUCCGUGAAGCGAAUGUGCUUGCUGGCCUCCUUGCUGCUGCGGCCAAAGAACCCGCCACUCUUCAACAGCGGGCUGAUGGGGGGGGAGAGGGGAUUGGCAGUGACAAGGGAGGGAUUAGCAAGAAGGAAGGGACAACGGUAGGGGAGGUUGCUGCUUUUCAGCUCCAAGCUGAAAGACAGGAAGGAGAUGGAAGGACAGCCAAGGGACACGGGUGGAGGCGGAGAGGGGAUGAGUGGGAUAGGGGGUGA